UAUUUCGAAGUUCAUAAAAUGUCGUCUCCGCGAGCCGAAACUAAGGAAGAAACUGUGGAAUUAGGUGUGGAAGAACUGAAUAGUGAGGAGGUGGAAACAUUCCAUUUGUUGGAGUCUUUUGGAUUGUCGAUAGAUACGAUUAAUACGUUCAUACAGCAACAAUACAACCUUGAAUCUCUAAAACUUGUAGAGCGCAAAGAGUUAGAAGAACUCAUUCCAGCUCCGUUGUCUGAUAGGACCAAAUGCAUUGCCGGGUUGAACAGAUGGCGUAAAAAUCAGGGACUUCUUCCAGUGACAGAUUGUGAUUGCAGAAAACAGUCUCCAGCGCAGGUACUGUCAUCGGUUGCAGAGACAAUAACGCGGGACAAGUGCACGGCAGCAUAUUUGUUAAAUUCAUCCGGAAAGGGUAAGGCCAUAAUCCAAAGGUACCAGGAGUCAACGUUCCUCACGAGGAGCGACAAGCGGAUUAUAACUCACCUAGUUGUUGACGAAUUUAUUGAUCGUUUCGGUAAACUCACACCAUCGGAACUCCUGAUAAGAUCAAAAGACCUGCAUGAGUUAUUCCCCAACGAGCCACAGGAUUCAUGGUAUCAACCAGCCAAUGUCACUGACAGCUCGGGAAAGAAAGUGAAGUCACUUUUUGACUGA